AUGUCCGCGCCAGUAGGCGUCCCCAUCGCCGCAGCUCCCAUGGAUCCCGGCGUAGCUAUAGCCGGUCCCGGCCUCGGUGGUGCUCGACCAAACCCACAACACCCAGGUGGCGACAAGAAGCGCAAGGCUCCGCCAACUGGUCCUGGCCAGCCGACACGCAAGGACAGGCCAUCAUCAAUGACAGAGGAAGACAGCGCAGCUGCCUCAAAUCCUCAGAGCACAGCCAACUCUGGCACAGCGACGCCUGCGCCCACCGCCGCGGUUCCACGCGCACGCGAAGCCAAGCGCACCCGCGUCCACUUCUCGUGCGUAGAGUGUCAUCGCCGCAAGCAAAAGUGCGACCGCAAAGAGCCGUGCUCGCAAUGCGUGGCCCGCCGUGUGCCGCAUCUCUGUCGGCCCUUCCUCAACGGCGUAGAGGACCCUAACGCCAACUCGGACGUGCAUGCGCGGCUCACGACGAUCGAGGGCAUGCUAGCGCGGCUAACCCAGGUGAUUCCACAAGCGAUUCAAGGGCGCGGAUUUAACGACGCCUCAAGUCCGGAUGUGUCCAGCUUGCCUUCGGGCGAGGAUGUCUUCCACCCCCAGAGCGGACCACAACAAGAACCCCCACGCCAGGCGUACGCCCACAAGCCCCCACCCUCGGGUCUAUUCCCCGCCAGCUUGUCCACAUCUACGCCAGUGGGACGAAGCGGCUAUGGCUGGGGUUUGCGCGAGGGGCGCAUGAUCAACCUCACCGUCGAGGACAAUGCCGAGCUACGCGAUGUGCUUCUUACACUCCGCGAGUCUGGCAUCACAAAGAACCAUCUCGAGUGGCUCAUCGCGGGUGUUCCUGGCCGUCGCAUGGCCGACGCCCUUGUCGAGAUGUACUUUCGGGACAUUGACUGGACCAGGUACAAGAUCAACCGACCACAGUUCGAGCGCAGAUACCAGGCCUUCUUUGACUCGAUCGGGCGCAACCCCUCGAAUCCCAAGCUCGAUGCGGACACGAUCAAGUGGAUCCCGCUCAUGUUCAUCGUCAAGCUUGCGAUUGCCGCCCUGUCCGCGAGCUCCGACGUGAUGCCUGGCGACGAGCAACAGGCCUGGUCAAGAAGAUUCUACGGCUCUGCGCGCAGUGGCCUCGAGUAUGCAAAGGCCCUGCAGCGCGACAACCUCGACGUGCUCUUUGCCGGUCUACUGGCGUCACGCUACAUGCUUCUAACGCGUCGCCCAGCGGAAGGCUCGACCCCACUAACCACCGCAUUCCAGCUCGGCCUCUAUCGUGAUGGCACUGUGCUGAAUCUCGCGGACAAGCGCGAAGUAGAGAUUCGACGCCGCGCCUGGGCGAUGCUGUACCAUCUCGAUAGGACGAUUUCGCUCCUGGUCGGUCGACCCGCCUCAAUCUCCGACGCCCACACAGACGCGCGACCUCCCGCCAACCUCGAUGACGAUGAGAUCGAAGGCGACUUUGAUCCUGCUGGGCACCCAAUGACCACACCGACGGUUUACACCUAUGUGAUUGUGCGCCACAAGCUCGCUGAGAUUAUGGGCCGCAUAGCAUACCACACGUUCACGAUCCAGCUGCCCGACUAUCAGACAGUGUUGGCGCUCGACAAGGAGCUGCUCGCCUGGCGCAGCGGUCUACCGCCGUUCCUCGCGAUGAUCAACCCGGACACGAGCUUUGACCAGACGCACCCGUACCUGUUCGUGCAGCGCCAUCUCCUCGCGUGCGAAUGGUAUUACACGCGCAUCACGCUCAACCGACCGUACCUGCUCCGACGAAAGCCGCAGGACGGACGGUACGAGUACUCGCGCAACGCGGCGAUCGAAUCGGCUACUGCCGACCUGUUGAGCCGGCGUGCAUUCAUAAUGGAGAAGGGUGAUCUCAUCAUCAACUCGGGAGGAUACCGAGUGCUCAAUUCGUAUAUGGUUCUGGGUGUCACCAUUAAGCUCGACCCGGAGUCUCCGCAAGCGGACGAGCUGCGUCACUUACUCAAUGUUGUCUCCGGAAGGGCUCGCGACGAGCAGGGCAGCAUGUCGGAGCCAAUCGUCAAGGAGGAGCUGGCGAUCGUCGAGUUCCUCACGGCCAAGAACCCGAGCAAGGCUCAGGCGGCAGUUGCAAACGGCGCGCAGAACGGGGCAGCGCGAACCGAGCCAAGCGACGAGAACACGCCUGUCGACCUCCUCCUCGGCCUGGCCAAGACCAACUCCGGCCGCCGCGCCGCCGAGGAGGAGAAGCGCCAGCUGCGCCUCCAGCAGGCGCGCGAGCAGGAGGAGCAGCGACAAGCGCGCCGCCGCGUGAUGCAGCAGGCGAACGGAAGCGGCGUACCCAACCCUUGGAACUAUGUACCACCGCAGAUGCCAGGCUUGGACGUACACCAGCCAUUCGGCGCGCGCCGUCCGCCGCCGCAGCUCGGCUCUCUCCCGCGUCCCCUCCAGCCACCAAGCCAGAGGGAGGAGGAGAAGCUCAACACGAGCUGGAGUCCAGAGAACCCCUUUGGCUUCACGGACCGCUCGUCUCCGGGCUUUGGCAACCCCAACAACAUGAUGCAGGGCUUCCAGGGCCAGGUCAACCUCUCACCGUACCAGGAGAUGGGCAUCCUCCCCGGCCCCGGUCCCGGCCCGGGCCUGAGCCCCAGCGAGCAGCUCGCCCUACAGGGCGCCGGCAGCGCUGCCAACGCCAACAACAACAACAACCCCAACAACACGGCCAACAACAACAAUGCAGUAGAGAGUAACGGACAUAGCCUCAACUUUGGGACGGGCCAAGAGUUCGGCUCAGCCGUCGACAACUUUGACUUUUCGGCGUUUGGAGGCCCUCACCGAGGCGUGGAGAUGGCGUUCAACCCGUUCGCAAUUCAGCAGACGGGCGAUGAGGGAUCCGGAAGCGAGCCAGGAGGGCAGGACGACGAAACGACGUUCCUCAACUUUAUCUUGACAAAGUUUGCAAACAGCUCGGGCGAGACCAUGUAG